AAAGGAGCAUCACAUGCUUGAAACAAUCUUAUUUUUCCACAAUUUUGAGCAGUUUGUAAAGGAAGAGUGGUCCAACAUUCCGGCUGAGAGGUGUAAGAAGCUUAUUGAUGGUUAUAGGAAGCCACUGAUUUCGUGUUCUGUUCUGUGAAGCUAAACUCAGCACGCCACCAUGGGUAAGAAGGUCGCAGUAAUUGGUGCCGGGGCCAGUGGACUACCAGCUAUAAAGUGCUGCCUGGACGAAGGUUUAGAGCCGACGUGCUUUGAAAGAAGCGAUGAUAUUGGAGGACUGUGGAGAUUUAAGAAAGACCCUGAAGAGAGCCGAGCCAGCAUUUACUAUUCGGUGAUCAUUAACACAUCGAAGGAAAUGAUGUGCUACAGCGACUACCCGAUCCCCGAGGAGUACCCCAACUACAUGCACAACUCCAAAGUACUGGACUAUUUCCACCAAUAUAUCAAAGAGUUUCAGCUCCGGAAAUAUAUCAAGUUCAGGACUUCCGUUAUCAGUGUAAGGAAGCAUCCAGAUUUCGCAACUACUGGUCAGUGGGACGUGACCACAGAACAUGAAGGAAAACAGGAGACACAAGUGUUUGAUGCCGUUCUGGUGUGUGUCGGUCAUCACACUGCUCCAAACCUAUCGCUCAAAUCCUUCCCAGGAAUUGAAAAUUUUAAAGGCCAGUACUUUCAUAGUCGUGACUACAAAGAACCUCAAGACUUUAAAAACAAAAGAGUUCUUGUAGUCGGAAUUGGAAACACCGGAGUGGAUCUGGCUGUGGAACUCAGCGCUGUGGCUAAGCAGGUUUUUCUCAGCACCAGGAGAGGGGCGUGGCUACUGAAUCGCGUCUUUGAUAACGGAUUCCCAUUGGAUAUCGUCCUUUUCUCCCGAUUCCAUGAAUUCAUUGCAGCUCAUGCACCAUCUCUAGUAAACUACCUUCUGGAAAGGAAAGUCAACUCCAGAGUUGACCAUGAAAUUUUUGGCUUAAAACCCAAGCACAGGUUUCUCAGCCAACACCCUACGAUCAGUGAUGACCUCCCCAAUCGCAUCAUCUCUGGAAAAGUGCUGAUGAAGACCAACAUUAAGAGGUUUUUUGAGAAAGAUGUCGAAUUUGAAGACGGGACAGUGGAAAAAGACAUUGAUGUUGUGAUUUUUGCCACAGGCUACAAAUUCUUUUUUCCUUUUUUUGACGAUUCAGUCAUAAAAGUUGAAAAAAACCAAGCCCCUCUAUAUAAAAUGAUGUUCCCACCACAUUUGGAGAAACCAACCGUAGCUUUCAUUGGCUGCAUCCAACCAAUUGGGGCCAUAAUGCCCAUUUCCGAGAUGCAGGCCCGCUGGGCAACGAGAGUCUUCAAAGGUAUCAGUCAUUUGCCAUCGAUGAGUGACAUGAAGGCUGAGAUCAUGAAGAGAAAACAGGACAUAGAGAAGAGAUAUGUGGAGAGCGAGCGUCAUACCAUACAAGUGGACUACGUGGCUUACAUGGAUCAAGUAGCAGAAGAGGUAGGCUGCAAGCCCAACGUGCUGCAAUUUUUCCUGAGGGAUCCCAAGCUGGCCUGGGAGAUGCUAUUCGGCCCAUGUACCCCAUACCAGUACCGCCUGAGUGGACCUGGCAAGUGGAAGGACGCAAGGAAAGCCAUCUUAACCCAGCAUGAGCGCAUCAUCAAGCCCAUGAAGACACGAAGCAUGAGAGAAGACUGCUCCAUGGGCUCCUUCAGUUUCCUUUUUAAGAUCUUUGGCAUUCUCAUUCUUUUUGCUGCUUUAUAUAUUUCGAUGUAGUUGCGUUUAAGGGGGUUGUCUAGGAAUAGAAAACUGCGCCACACCUUUCCUCAGGUUUUAUGUGACAUUACAACUUAUUUCCAAUCACUUCAGUGGAACCGAGCUGCAGUACUACACACAACCUGUUUUUGAAAAAAAAAUAAAAAAUCAGCUCUGGUUUUCAUUUCCUAGACAAAUGUAUUUAGCUAUGGUGCCUAGUCCCCUCAACAUCAAAGGGGUUGUCCCAUCUCAGACAUUUACGGCUUAUCCAGCGGUCACAAGUCUAGAACAAGAGUCCAUACCCCCAACCUUACCUGCUUGAAUAAGGCCGAGGUGCCUGGAAUUACAGAAACGAGAUAGAAGUGAAUCGGAGAUGCGUAAACGGCGUAGGUGGCCAUGUUGUCUGUUUCCGUAAUCCCGGCCACAGUUUGAUGGGUAUUCUCAUCUGAUAUGGAAUACAUUCGAUGAUAUCUAACAAAAAUGAGAGGCACUCACCUGAAGACGCAGUUGCGGCUCCGCUAGUUUGGCAUCCAUACCCUAACCUGCCUGAAUGUUUUCCAGCACAAAGAAUAAAUACAAAAUCGAGCACAUCGGCUGGUGAGUGCCUCUCAUUUUUCUUAUGUAAAACAUUCAGGCUGGUUAGGGUAUGGACGCCACACUAGUGGAGCCGCACCUGCGACUCCACUAGUGUGGCAUUCAUACCCUAACCUGCCUGAAUAUUUUCCAGCACGAAGAAUGAAUACAAAAUCGAGCACAUUGGCUGGUGAGUGCCUCUCAUUUUUGUUAUUUAAAACAUUCGGGCAGGUUAGGGUAUGGACGCCACAGGUUAGGGAAUGGACACCAGCCGAUGUGCUCGAUUUUGUAUUUAUUCUUCGCACCUGC